AUGGGUGCUUGUUUUUCAUGCAGAUCAUCACCACCAGCAGCAAAGAGCAUAAGAUUGGUUCACUUCAAUGGCUACGUGGAGGACUUUGAACAUCCUGUUUCAGUCAGCCAAGCCACCGGCAAGCCCCCAAAGCACUUUGUGUGCACCCCGGCUCAGCUUCUCUGCGCCGGGUCCGAGCCCCUGAACCCUGACACCCAGCUCGAACCGGGCAAAAUCUAUUUCUUGCUGCCAUUCUCAGUACUACAACCUGAUGUUUCUCCAUUGGACUUGGUCUCCGUCGUGAGGAAGCUAACCGCAGUAGCAAAAGCUAGCCGGCGUGAGGCCAAAUCUCCUUUGUGGAGUCAAAACGGAUCGAGCCCAGGAUUCAGUUCGCCGGGUGCAAGUCCUAGCCGGUUUAUGGAGCCGGAGGGGAAGAUGAUGAUGGCAUACGGUGCACAGAGGUCAGCUAGAGCUCGGCCGUGGAGGCCGAUAUUGGACACCAUUGGAGAGAGGUCGUUCAAUCGUAGAAGCGAAUCAGAUUUGCAAGAAAAAGCAAUUGAGUAG